AUGGAGCAGUACACAGCCAACAGCAACAGCUCCACGGAGCAGAUUGUGGUGCAGGCUGGGCAGAUCCAGCAGCAGCAGCAGGGAGGUGUCACUGCUGUCCAGCUGCAGACUGAGGCCCAGGUGGCAUCCGCCUCAGGCCAGCAAGUCCAGACCCUCCAGGUAGUGCAGGGGCAGCCGCUGAUGGUGCAGGUGAGCGGGGGACAGCUCAUCACCUCCACGGGACAGCCCAUCAUGGUGCAGGCCGUGCCCGGCGCGCAGGGCCAGACCAUCAUGCAGGUCCCCGUGUCUGGCACGCAGGGGCUGCAGCAGAUUCAGUUGGUCCAGCCAGGUCAGAUUCAGAUUCAAGGUGGGCAGGCUGUGCAGGUACAGGGGCAGCAGGGCCAGACCCAGCAGAUCAUUAUACAGCAGCCCCAGACUGCAGUUACUGCUGGCCAGACACAGACCCAGCAACAAAUUGCAGUUCAGGGGCAGCAGGUGGCUCAGGCUGCUGAGGGCCAGACCAUCGUGUACCAGCCCGUGAACGCCGACGGCACCAUCCUGCAGCAAGUUACAGUCCCUGUUACAGGCAUGAUCACCAUCCCAGCAGCCAGCCUGGCUGGAGCACAGAUUGUCCAGACUGGAGCCAACACCAACACCACCAGCAGUGGCCAGGGGACAGUCACAGUGACACUGCCAGUGGCUGGGAACGUGGUCAACUCGGGGGGAAUGGUCAUGAUGGUACCUGGGGCUGGGUCAGUGCCAGCCAUCCAGAGGAUCCCCCUGCCUGGGGCAGAGAUGCUGGAGGAGGAGCCCCUGUAUGUCAAUGCCAAGCAGUACCACCGAAUCCUCAAGAGGAGACAGGCACGGGCCAAGCUGGAGGCAGAGGGAAAGAUCCCCAAAGAGAGAAGGAAAUACCUGCACGAGUCGCGGCAUCGCCACGCCAUGGCCAGGAAGAGAGGGGAGGGAGGCAGGUUCUUCUCCCCGAAGGAGAAGGACAGUCCUCACAUGCAGGAUGCAGCUCAGACCAACGAGGAGGCGAUGACACAGAUGAUCAGAGUCUCCUAA